GCCCAGAGCGCUCGCAUCCGCAGCUGCGGGUCUCGCUCCCGACGUGCCGUGUGUGCCGGGCUAGCCGGCCCCAGGACGGGUGGCGGGGGUGCGGAGCAGAAGCGGCGUCCCGAGCCCCGGGGGUUUCAGGCAGCGGGCCCGGCCCUCCGAAAGCGGUGUGAGCGGGGCCGGCGAGGCUCAGCCCCUUUCCUCCAAAGCCAUCGAUUGUAGGGGUCGGCGGUCGCACUUCAGAUGCGCUCGCACGUGUGAUCGUUAGUUGCUUUGAAAAAGUGUCGAUUACAAAUAGCGUUCAGUAUGUUCUUUAAGAACUUCUCCCCGGUGAAGGCAAAUUGCUUGUUUACGCUUUGCGAGCUGCUGAGCCGCUGUCGGGAAUGGGUGAGUUGCAAGAAAAAAAAAAAGCAUUCUGAAUGAUAAGUACUGUUUGCUGAACUGAACUGCAAAGAUUUCAUGUUUUGGAGAUGAAGAUGAUAAAUCCAAGGAAAUAAUCCAGCUGCUGCCAUUGUGACACCGAAAGGUGCUUUGUGUCAAAAUGAACACUCUUUGAGAAAAAUCUGGGAAGCAGUUAAAUCUGAAAGAUGGAAGAAAGAGUAAGAAGCUCAGAUUCUGAACACGACAGGAAAUCAGAUGAGGAUAAAAAUAGUGACUCCUAUUAUUCAGAUGAAGAUAAUGCGUCUCAUUCAUCUGGCCAGUCGCCAACACUAAGUUAUCCAUCUACAAGCCAAGAAAAAAGACAUCACAAAACACAGGCUUCCAACAGCCUUGUGCCCUGCCAAGCCACAAAGAAAUUGGGUUCCAAAUAUGCAUCAAGCAAAAAAGGGGCGCGGUGGGGUUUCCGUUCUCAGAGCCUCACUAGGGACUCGCCUGCAAAGGAGAUAGAUCUUGUUACAAAAAGAGUUCUUUCUGCUAGACUGCUGAAAAUCAAUGAGCUCCGAAAUGAACUGACUGAACUUCACAUCAAACUAGAUGAGCUGCAGAAGGAAAACAGGGCACUGAAGAGGCUUCAGCACAGGCAGGAGAAAGCCUUGAAUAAGUUUGAAGAUACAGAAAACGAAAUCUCCCAGCUCCUUGCUCGACACAACAAUGAGAUGAGAAUAUUAAGGGAGCGCCUACGGAAAUCUCAGGAGAAAGAACGUGCAACUGAGAGACGCCUGAAAGAUGCAGAAGAUGAACUGUACAGGACAAAAACUGUCUUACAGAAACUGCAAAAGCUGUCUGCAGAUAAGCACCUUGCUGAAAGAGGUGAACUGGCAAAGAAACUAGCUUAUGCAGAGAGCAGGCUAGAGGACAGUGAAAAAAGAAUUAAGGAUCUGGAAAAAAAUCUUGAAUUAAGUGGUAGCAGUUUUCAACGAGAGCUACAAUCAAAGAAAAAAAAGAUGUUUGAGGUUCAAGAAGAAAACAGAGUUCUCCAAGAGCAGCUCCAUCAACUAAAUCAGAAGCUGAAGGAAAAAGAAAGAGAACUCGAAGCAAAGAAUAUAUAUGCUAAUCGCAUGUUGAAGCUCUCGCCAAGAAAAGACAUGGAUAUUGCACAGAGAAAAAGAGCCAACAACCAAAAUAUUAAGAGAGGAGCACAGCUUACAAAAAGUGUGCAGACCAGUGGAUACUUCUCACCAGUGGAUUUUCUUCCACAAUCAGAACUUGUCUGUGGUGACACAGAAAACAAGAAAGAAGGGAUUCUACCUAAAAUAGAAAAAGAAACUCAAGAUAAAGGAUGGAAAGAGCAAGCAGACCUCUUAAGACAAGACCAAGAUGAGGAAAGGGAAGAGAAAAUGAAACAUUUUCAGGAAAUACAGGCUUUAGAAGAGAGGGUUCAAAAACUUCAUGAUGAGUGGGAAAAGGAAGACUAUGACAAAGUGAAAAAAGAAAGCAACUUUUUCUUGAAUAAAGAAGAGAAAUCAAAAAUGGAAACAGCAAUCCACAAAACUGAAAUAGAGAGAAGUGGUCUUGAAACGCUGGAAGAGCGGCACAAAAGAGAGUUGCUGCUUGCUAGAAUGCAAGAAAUUGACAGAGAAAUUCAAAAUGUGACAAACAUGAAACCUGCUUCUCAGGCACCACUCAUAAAUACAGCAAGAAAAUCUGAUCCCCAGGAGAAAACAGAAAAAACUCAUCAAUUCUUUGAGAUUCCUGAGAAGAUUACUAAUGUAUUGCUUGUAGAUGGCAGCCAGGAUGAUGCCACAAGAGCACAAGGGCAGAAGCAACGAAAUGUAAGGACUGCAGAUUCAAGUAGUGAGCUCAUAUUUGGUAGUUAUGUACCUUCCUUUGGGAAAGGAACAAGGAGACCAAGUUGGCUUACUCAAAGAAGCGUCAACUUAGAAGAGAACGUUAAGGAAAAUGCAGAUUUCAACAGUAAGAAAGAAAAGAAGUCCAAUUUAAUGGAACAGCUCUUUGGAAACAGUGCCAGUACUGUCCCUCUUUCUAAAAAUAACGAUACAACACCUUUUGGCAUAGAUUGGGACUCUAGUAGUACUCCUCCUGCCAAUAAAAACAGUAAAGUCAAGGGAAAAGAAGAUAACGAGCUUUUUGGUGAGGGAAGAAGACUGAGCAGACACCAUUUGCAACUCACUACAAGCAAGCCAGGAGUUAAGACCCUUGGUUCUUUAGAAGAUGAAAUUGAAGAGGUAGUCUUACAGUGAUCCUAUUUUUAUAUGUUUCAUAUGUAAAUACUGAAUAAAUAUUUUCAUGUUCUAUUUA